CGGGAGGGGCGGGAGGCGGCGGCCGCCAUCACGGCCCCGCUCGCGGGGUCGCGGCGCAUGCGGGGAAAUGGGCGGGUUGCGGUUCCGGGUGAUGGCGGCGGAGGGGCCGGGCGCGGGGCCGCGCUGCGCCGCCGUCCCUCAGUGAGGAGCGGCGGGGAGCGGGGGGAGAUGAGCCCGGCCCGCGGGAGCCGCCGCAGCCAGCGCUGAGCCCGCCCCGGCGGCCGCCGCCGCAGCCGGAGAUGGCGGCGGAGUCCACGAUCCCCAUCUGGCAGAACAAACCCCAUGGCUCAGCACGCAGCGUUGUCAGGAGGAUCGGGUCAAACCUCCCUUUAAAACCCUGUCCCAGAGCAACCUUUGAGGUUCUACCAAAUGUUUCGGAGCUGUAUUUAAAUGAUGUCCCUCCAGUCCCCACCUUGGCCGACAUUGUGUGGAUAGCAGCAGAUGAUGAAGAAACAUAUGCCAGAGUUAGAAGUGACACUCGCCCACUGAAGCACAAGUGGAAGCCGAGUCCCUUCACCGUUAUACAGCGAAAUGCUUCAGUCCCCAACCUGAGGAAGCAGGAGGAGAAGCUGCUUGCCUUGAAGAAACCCGGUUUACCAGCACUGAGCCGAACAACGGAGCUCCAGGAUGAGCUGAGUCACCUUCGGAGUCAGAUAGCUAAAAUAGUCGCCGCGGAGUCAGCUUCUGCUUCGUUAACACCAGAUUUAUUAUCUCCAGGAAGUUCAAAUGCAUCUUCUCCUUUACCUUGUUUCGGACCCUCUUUCCAGUCUACAACUUCCUUUGUCAUUAGCGAUAUCACAGAGGAGGAGGCAGAACUCGAAAGCCCUGAGCUCCCGUCAGUCUCCAUGCUUUGUUCUACAGCCUCCGAGUGUUGUAAACCAGAACCAAAGGAUCCUGAGGAGGAAGAUUCUGUGUCUCUGUCAAAGGCCAGCAGUUUUGCAGAUAUGAUGGGCAUUCUUAAAGACAUUCAUAGGAUGAAGCAGAGCAAAGACUUGACUUGGUGCUUAAACUCAACCUUGGAAGCUUCAGGAAUGAGUGGGAAACGCUUGCAGGAAUGUGCAUGUUUCACCCAGUGUGACAUAGAGCCUGUUAAAGUGUCUGUGGUGCCCUCCGCGAGGGGAGUGGCUGAGUGGUGUGCCUGCCGGGCCCUGCGCCCGCGGGGGGUUAAGGACAGGUAGCGUGAGGAGCUGCUUGGACUAACCCGAACUUCAAUGAAGGAGGAUGACCCGGCCGUUCUUAUAGCAGAAGUGCUGAGAAGAAAAUUUGCCCUAAAGGAUGAGGAUCUGACCCUGAAGGAGAAAUGAUGUUACUGUCAUUAAACUCUGUAAGCAAAAGUGUAAUGCUCCCAAAAU